AUGGGCAAUCAAUCGAGUAAAUUUGAGAUUUCCAAAAAGUUAAAAGCUCUACGCGAAGACGGUCUUCAAUUUUACCAAUCUGGCAAGCUUGACGAAGCAGAGUCUUGUUAUAAUAAAAUCCAUGAAAUGAUUAAAACUAUAUCCGGAAGCCCUAAUAACCUUGAUGAACUUGAUCGCUUUCAAUGUGAACUUUAUCUUAGUUUUAGUGACAUAUAUAUACAACGAUGUGAUUGGAUGAAAGGCGAAGAAUGGUGCCUGCAAGCGAAAAAAAUAGCUGCAAAAUUAGAAGAUAAAAUGAAAAUCGCUAAAUGUCAAGAUAGACAAGGCGAAAUUAAACAGUUACAAGGGGAAUUGGAUGCAGCCUUAAGUGAUUAUACUAAAUCACUGGAUAUGAAAUUAAAAUAUUCUAGUGACGACAAAUUAAACGUCGGAAAUUCUCAUAGUCUAAUUGGAACAAUUUAUAAUCAUCAAGUCUUGGAUCAUAGUCACCCUGAUAUUGCACAGACUCGUACCAGCAUGGGAGAUGUCUAUUCUAAGCAAGGAAAACAUGUUCAAGCUCUAGAUAUGUAUGAGAAGGCGUUAAAUAUUCGAAAGGCAGUCUUUGAUGACAAUCAUCCAGAUAUUGCCAAGUCGUAUGGUAAUAUGGGAAAUGUUAAGGAUGAUCAAGGCAAGCACGAAGAAGCUCUUACUUUGCACAAUAAUGCACUCAAAAUUCAAUUAUCUAUCCUUGGCGACAAACAUCCCGAUGUUGCACAGUCUUUACAAAACAUAGGCAACGUCUAUUUUCAUCAAGGCAAGUAUGAAGAAGCACUUUCCGAGUAUGAAAAAUCGUUCAAGAUUAAAUCGUCAGUCUUUGGUCAUCAGCAUCCUGAUAUUGCUAAGUUAUAUAACAGCAAGGGAAAGGUGUAUGAUUGCCAAGGAAAGUACGAUGAGGCUCUUUCUAUGUAUAACAAGUCUCUUAAAAUUCAAGGAGCUGUUCUCGGUUACGAACAUCCUGAAGUUGCAAAAUCUUACAAUAAUAUGGGAAAUACAAAUAACAAUCAAGGUAAUCACGAAGAAGCACUUUCUGUGCACAACAAGGCACUUAAAAUUCAACAUAUGAGCCUUGGAUACGAUCAUCCAGAUGUUGCAAAAACGUAUAUUAGCAUUGGAAGUAUUUAUAAAAGCCAAGGUAAGGAUGUUGAGGCUCUUUCUAAGUAUCAAAAGGCGCUAAAGAUUCAAUCAUCAGUUCUCGAAGGUAAUCACCCUGAUCUUGCACAGUCCUAUAAUAAUAUUGGAGAUGUCUAUUCUAAUCAAGGCAAGCAUGAAGAUGCUCUAUCUAUCUACCAAAAGUCUCUCGAUAUUCAAUUAUCAGUUCUUGGUCAUCAUCAUCCAGAUGUUGCAAUUUCCUACAACAACUUUGGAGCUGUCUAUAACGAUCAAGGAAAAUACGACAAAGCUCUUACUCAACAUGAAAAUUCACUAAAACUUCAAAUAGAAGCUCUUGGUAGUAAUCAUCCAGAUGUCGCAAAAACAUAUAAUUGCAAAGGAGCAGUUUAUUUUAAUCAAAGCAAGUAUACUAUGGCUCUUUCUGAAUAUGAGAAAGCUACCGAGAUUCAAUCAUGCGUUCUUGGUGAAAAUCAUCUUGAUAUCGCCAAGACAUACAACAACAUAGGAAAUGUAUACAAUGCUCAAGGCAAGCAUAAAUUGGCUCUUUCCGUAUAUGAGAAGUCUUUAAAAAUUCGAUCGUCUAUCCUGGGUCGCAAUCAUCCUGAUGUUGCCAAGUGCCAUAAUAACAUUGGUCUCGUCUAUAUGAAUCAAGGUGAAUAUGACAAUGCUCUGACAAAGUAUGACAAAUCGCUCAAAGUUCAACAAUCAACCUUAGGCUAUGAACAUGCUCAGGUUGCUUUAUCACAUGGUAAUAAGGGAUCUGUCUUGUGUAAUCAAGGUAAAUAUGAAGAGGCUAUUUCAGAGUACAAGAAAUCGCUCAAAAUUCAGAAAAAAGUUCUUGAUCACAAUCAUCCUGAUAUUGCCAAGUUAUACAAUAAGUUUGGAAUUGUGUAUAAGUAUCAAGGCAAAUAUGAUGAGGCCUUUUCUGAGUUUAAGAAAUCACUUGAUAUCCAGUUAUCAGUCCUUGGUCAUCACCAUCCUGAUGUCGCAAAAACAUAUAAUAACAAAGGAGCUGUACUUACUAGUCAAGGCAAGCAUGAAGAAGCUCUUUUAAUGAUCAAUAAAUCACUCGAAAUUCAAAUAUUAGUUCUUGGUUAUGAUCAUCUUGAUGUUGCACAGUCUUAUAAUAGUAAGGGUCUUGUCUACAUGAAUCAAGGCAAAUAUAGGGAAGCUCUUACAGAGUAUGAGAAAUCUCUUGCAAUUCAAUUAUCCGUUCUUGGUCACCAUCAUCCCGAUGUUGCCAAAUCCUACAACAACAUCGGAAUUGUCUACAAGAACCAAGGCAAGGAUAACGAGGCUCUAUCUAUGUAUGAGAAAUCACUUGAAAUUCAAUUAGCAGCCCUAGGUCACAGUCAUCCUGAUGUUGCACAAUCAUACAAUAAUAAAGGCGAUGUCUAUUCCAAUCAAGGCAAGUACACAGAUGCUCUUUCCAUGUACGACAAAUCAUACGAAAUAAUAUCUUCAGCAUUAGGCCACAAUCAUCCAAAAAUUGCACAGUUAUAUAACAAUAAAGGAUUUAUCUAUAAUGAUCAAGCCAACUACGAUGAGGCUUUAUCUAACUUUGAAAAGUCACUUAGAAUUCAAACGUCUUUUUUUAGCCAUGACCAUCUUGAUAUUGCACAGUCAUAUAACAACACUGGCCUUGUAUGCCAGAGUCAGGGAAAGUAUCAAGAGGCUAUUUCUAACCAUGAAAAGUCACUUAAAAUUCGAUUAUCGGUCCUAGGUAGCAAUCAUCCGGAUAUUGCAGAGUCUCAUCAUAAUAUUGGAGUUGCCUAUACAUAUCAAUGCAAGUAUGAUCAUGCUCUUUCUUCGCUUGAAAAGUCGUUCAAAAUUCGAUUAACAGUUCACGAUAAUAAACACCUUGAUAUCGCGAAAUCCUUUAACAGUAUUGGAUAUGUAUAUUACAUUCAACAUAAAUUAGACACCGCUCUUGCUAUGUAUAACAAGUCGCUAGAGAUUUAUAUUGCAAAACUUGGUGAUAGCUGUCCCAUCGUGGCUCGGUUAUAUAAUGAAAUUGGCCUUGUCUACAGUAAGCAAGGAAAAGUCGAUCAGGCUCUUAGUUUACAUGAGAAAUCGCUUAACAUUCAAAAGAAGUCAUUAAGUGAAGAUCAUCCUGAUAUAGCUAUGUCAUAUGGCUGUAUGGGAUAUGCUCGUUAUAAGCAAGGAAAGUAUGCAGAGUCUUUCGCGAUGCAUGAAAAGUCAUGUAGAAGCUACGUCAGAAAGUUUGCUGGUAAUGAGCAUCCCAUCAUUGCUAUGUCUUAUAAUAGCAUUGCUAUUAUCGAUACGGAGCAAGGUAAAUAUGAUGAGGCUUUGGCUAUGUGUGAGCGUUCAUUGAGAAUUAGUAGGGAUCAAUUAUGUGAAAAUCAUCUUUAUACUGCCAACUCUUAUCGAAAUAAGGCUAAAAUUUACUUUUGUCAAAGUAAAUUUGAAGAUGCUUUAUCGUUUUAUCGAAAAGCGAUGGAUAUUUUAAAUUUUUUAUUUGGCGAUAGUAAUCCCAAAAUAGCAAGCUUAUACGAUAAUAUAGCGGAUUCUCAUGAUGCACUACAACAACUUGAUGAAGCUGCUACUAUGCGACAAGUAUCCGUAGCUUUUCGGGAUCAUGGACAAGACGACAUAAAAGAUCGACAUUUCAUCAAUAUUCCUGCUCAUUCAUCAGAUAUUUUAUUAUGCAUAAAAGAAAUUUAUAGAGAUUUAGGCGUAGACUGGCGAAGGUUGGCUAUAGAGUUAGACAUGGACUACAACGAAGUUAGAAAAAUUGCUAAAGAAAUAAAUGGUAUUGAAGAACAAUGCUAUGAAAUGUUAUACCGAUGCUACAAAAACCCAACUUGUAAACUGACAAAGCCAAAAUUGAUCGAUGCUUUAGUUAAAAGCGACCUUGGUCCCCUAGCAGAAAGGAUCGGCAUCAAUAAGACCAUUGCCUGUGUUAGUUUGAAAAGUGGCAUAAUAGCAACACCAACCUUAUGGUAUGAUUAUCCAAGUAUUAGUCUUUAUUUAAUUGCCUUUUAUGAUCAAUCAUGUGGCGGUUAG